UCCAGAGAGUUUGUGGAUCUCCUGGCUCCCAGCAACAGGUCAGCAUGUCCCUGGAUCCAGGGGGAGGGCAGCCAAUGUCGGACUUGGAGAGUUCUCUUUCUGAAUGCAUGGUUGCGUUAGAUCUGUUCCUCAGCAACAAAUUCGAAGAGGCCUUAUGUCACCUAAGGGCAAAAUCCAAGGACAGCAUGUACCACUCUCUAACCUAUGCCACCAUGUUGGAAAUGCAGGCCAUGAUGACGUUUGACCCGCAAGACAUAACCAAUGCUGGGCAAACAAUGAAAGAGGCUCAGGCUGUAUGCCAGCGCUUUCGGAAAAAAUCCAGCGUUGCAGACUCUUUCAACAAUUUAGUCCAUGGACAAAGUCUUGAUCAGUUCACUGAAGAGGAGAUACACGCAGAGGUGUGCUACGCUGAAUGUCUUCUUCAAAGAGCUGCUCUUACCUUCUUACAGGAUGAGAACAUGGUUAGUUUCAUCAAAGGUGGAAUUAAAGUCAGAAACAGCUAUCAGACGUACAAAGAACUGGACAGUUUGCAGAAGAUCGGCAAUUAUGCAAAAGGGCAGAGUCACGGUCACUUUGAGGAUGGAGUGAAAUUGGGUGUAGGAGCAUUUAAUUUGACUUUGUCCAUGUUACCCACUAGAAUACUGCGUCUGUUGGAGUUUGUGGGAUUUUCAGGAAAUAAGGAGUACGGGCUGACACAGCUGCAGGAUGGGGCCACAGCACACAGUUUCCGAGCCUUGCUCUGUACCCUACUUCUUCUGUGUUAUCACACCUUCCUGAGCUUUGUGCUGGGAACCGGAAGAGGAAAUAUUGAAGAGGCUGAAAAUUUGCUUCAGCCAUAUUUGAGCCGUUACCCAAAGGGAGCCAUAUUUCUGUUUUUUGCUGGACGUAUUGAAGAGAUUAAAGGCAACAUUGACACAGCCAUCAAACGGUUUGAAGAGUGCUGUGAGGCCCAGCAGAACUGGAAGCAGUUCCAUCACAUGUGCUAUUGGCAGCUAAUGUGGUGCUUUACGUACAAGCAGCAGUGGAAGAUGGCGUAUUUCUAUGCUGACCUCCUGUGCAAAGAAAGCUCCUGGUCAAAGGCCACGUAUACUUACAUGAAGGCAUCCUACCUCAGCAUGUUUGACAAGCAGGACUGCAAACCAUUCGGAGAUGAUGAAGUUAAACUCUUCAGGCAGGUUCCAAGUCUUAAACUCAAGAUUGCUGGAAAAUCUCUCCCCACUGAAAAAUAUGCCAUCAGGAAAUCUCGGCGAUAUCUUCAGGAUAAUCCUGUCCUUUUGCCAGUCCCUCCCUUGGAAAUGAUGUAUAUUUGGAACGGGUACGCUGUGAUUGGAAAGCAUGCGGAUGUGACAGAGUCCAUGUUGGAGACCCUGGUCCGGGCAGAAGAAGCUCUGGAAGGAGUCGCAGUUUCCGAAUUCAAGAUGGACGAUCAAUGUGUUCUAAAGCUACUGAAAGGCCUUUGCUUGAGGUAUCUGGGAAGAGUUGAGGAGGCAAAAGAUUGCUUCAACUACAUACAUGUCAAUGAAAAGAAGAUUAAAUAUGAUCACUAUUUGAUCCCCAAUGCCCUGUUAGAACUUGCUCUGCUCUGCUUGCAACUGGAAAAGAGGGAGGAAGCAAUUAAACUUCUGGAAACGGCAAAACACAACUACAAGAAUUACUCCAUGGAAUCCCGCACACAUUUCAGGAUCCAGGACGCCUUGCAGCAAGCCAGAUCGGUUCCACUUAAUGGAUGCAGUUGACUUCUGUGAAUUCCAGUUCUAUUUAUUGUUUGUGAUGUCAGUGGCAAAGACGGUGUCUGAAGUGGGUUAAAAUACUGGUGGACAUGCAAAACAAACUUUUUAGGCUGCAGCACUAAUAGUUUUAUCACUUGGAUGAGUUUGGUUUGGCAUCAACCUUGUAGGAUUUUCACAAAAGGUCUUUUUCCAAGCUUGCCCACUUUCCCGCCUGAUUUAAUUUUUAAAAUUGUCACUACAUUUUACUAGUGAAAACAUAUUUAAUGAAAACAAAGAUUACCAGGAUGAUUUAUAAUUCCCCCAAUCUCUCUAGUGUGGAGAUUUAGCAGUGUGAGUGAACGCCGACUGCUCUUUAAUCAAACAAAAAUGUAGAAAAUGUGGUUUUAACUCAUAGGCAAAAUGAUUCAGGACUGAAAUUGAAAACAAACCAUUUAAAAUCCAGAAAGUGCCUAUUCUGCAACAAAAGGAAUGUCGCAGACUCUACAUCUACACAGUGAUCAGGAAUCUUACUUAAAGGGCCAGUAUAUUAAAAUGUAAUAAAAUGUAUGCAGUAAACAUUUUAUAUAUGUCACCAAUGAUCUAUGUGGUUAAAGGAGUUCAAUCUCACUCUUGAUCAAUCUGCAAGCUAAUUCGAUUUCCUAGAUUGAUUCCAAACCUCACUGACUGCGUGGGAACUCCUAGCUGAUGUAGUAAGAUGGUCAUUAACACUCCGCUAGGUAGGUCCGAUCCCUUAUGGUUUCCUUAGACACCUGAUCAUACGUAUUGAUGAGGAGAGAGAGAGAGAGAGAGAAUAUAUAUUUAUAGACUGCAGUGUGCAGAGGUUCAUGUCAUGCUCAUUAACGUGUAGUAACAAAUGAAUGGUCCAGGAAAACAUGAUGGAUCUGGCAACCCUACUCUUGGUUGUUUUACUAUAAACAUUUGGAAACUUAGAGGAAAAAAAACCCACAAGUAUAGGCAUUUUCUUCUACUUUAAAAAUAAAAAAUCUAAGGGUUACUUCUAAUAGGCUGUGUUUCUGUAAAGAGGAAUCAAUGUUUAAUACAAUUUAUCCACCUUCAAUGAGCACCCCUGGCUGGUAGAUGUUAGAUGCAAUACACAGGAUAGGUUAGAAUUAGUUAUGCUAGAGAUCUUAGGUUUAUUUGUUUUCCUUCCAAACCUACAGGGUUUCCUUUUUGCAGGUCUAUGUGAGUUGUAGUUCAGCAGUUAACUUUGUGCAUCACAAAUCUCAGAAACUUCUUGCGUGCCCAAGCCCUGCUCUGGGGAAUGAGCUCAUCGGCGCUACAGAAAAUGAGCACCAGGAGUGGCUGAGUCACUUCCUGGUUUGUUAAAACUCACUGCAGAAACUGCAUAGCCAGAAGAUUUGUCACAAUUGCAGGACUUCAACUUUUAACCUUUUUUAUUUUUGCACAUUUCUUUUUCAUGCAUUAUGCUCAUCAAUAAAUGCCCGGUACCAGUAAUUCUAGUAGGUGGAGACACUGCUUCUUUAUACUGGAAAUCCCUUUAUUCCAUACAAUGUCAAGCCUAGCAAGAUAUAAAAGGGAUAGGACUACUCUUUGCUUUAAGGGGUUAAACAUUUGGCUUCAUAGUUUAAUUCAGUGUUAUAAAGAAAACCACUGAAUGAAUAAUGAAUGUUUUCUUUUAUUUCUCUCUGCCUAGCAGACAGAAAUAAAAAUGACAGUCAAACAGCUACAGAUUAGACCCCUCUAUCCAGAAAGCACUUAACACAGAUGCUACCAAGCAGUGUGCAUUUUCUGUGCCCUCGUACCUCAAAAGAAUGGUAGAUUAACCAAAUAACUCGUUUGACUUAAAUGUAGCGAAUUUCUGGUGAAAACCCAAGAACAGUCAUAAAGUGUCCCAAAACCCAACAACUAACAGAGCUGAGUCCGUGGGGGUCUGGUCCUAUAAAUGCAAAAUCUGUUGCAAGCUGAACACCAAGUGCUUAAUGAUAGUAGUAGUAAAUAAA